AUGCCGGCUGCAACGAAGGCGCCAUCGGACGAUAGAGCGAAGACGCACAAGUUGUCGCUGCGCGGAAGCUCGAAGUUGGUGACGGAAUUCUUCGAGUACUCCAUCAACACGAUCCUGUUCCAGAGGGGUGUCUAUCCAGCAGAGGACUUCUCGGCCGUCAAGAAAUAUGGCCUCAACAUGAUGGUCUCUUUGGAUGACCAAGUCAAAGCAUAUAUCAAGAAGAUCAUGAGCCAGCUCAACAAGUGGAUGCAAAAGUCAAAGAUCUCCAAGUUGGUGAUCGUUGUCACAAACAAAGAGACCGGCGAGCACGUGGAGCGAUGGCAAUUCGAUGUCAACAUCUUCAACGACGACAGCAAAAGCUCCGCCCGCCGCAGUGCCUCCACGGACAAAGAGAAUUCCGCUCCCAUGCCAGACGCUGCCUCAUCACAACAAGAAAAGACUGAGUCGGAGAUUCAGGCCGAGAUCCAGGCCUUGUUUCGUCAAAUCACAGCGUCGGUCUCGUUUCUUCCGAUGCUAGACGGCAACUGCACAUUCAACGUUUUGGUAUAUGCAGACGCGGACAGCGAGGUGCCUCUGGAAUGGGGCGACAGCGACGCUAAGGAGGUCAAGAAUGCUGAGAAAGUCAUGCUGAGGAGCUUCUCGACCAAUUCGCAUCGGGUCGAUACAGUGGUAUCUUAUCGGCUUGCGGAGUAG